AUGAGCCCCCUGAAUUCACCCUCCUUGUUUAACGUCACUAUUGUACGUCCCGAAUUCUUUUACAUAAGUGGUUUUGCCGGUAUUCCCCACACAAAAUACUACUAUGUGUUCUUGUGCUUGUGCUUUGCUCUGACUCUACUGGGAAACACUUUUAUCAUGUUUGUGAUUUACACUGACCACAGUCUUCACACUCCAAAAUACAUUGUCGUUUUUAAUUUGGCUGUGUCCGACUUGUGUGGAAGCACUGCCCUUGUUCCUCAGAUGAUAGACACCUUCCUGUUUAAAUCACAGUUAAUCUCCUACAAGGCCUGUUUGACUAAUAUGUUUUUUGUUUUUUGGUUUGGCUCUGUGCAGUCUCUCACUCUUACUGCUUUGUCCUAUGAUAGAUGUGUUGCUAUAUGCCUUCCACUGAGAUACAAUGAGAUUGUGACUAGUAAAUCAAUGUUGGUGAUCACGACCAUAUUAUGGAUUUUUGCAGGAAUGGCUGUUUUCAUGGCUGUGAUUUUUAUCAACAGAAUAUCAUUCUGCAAAUCCGUUGAGAUAAACAGCUAUUUCUGUGAUCUUGGACCGAUACACCUUUUGGCAUGCAAUGACAACACUCCAAGUGCUGUGAUUCACUGGACACAUCCUGUUAUAAUUCUCUGGUUACCGGUACUUUUUAUCACAGGUACAUAUAUUUCUAUAGCCAGAGCAUUAUUGAAAAUUGCAGAAGCCUCUGAGCGCCUCAAAGCCAUGAAGACCUGCACCUCUCAUUUGAUCUUGGUGGGUGUGUUUUAUCUUCCUAUAUGUAUCACAUAUGCAAUGGGCUCUGCCAUUCAACUGAAUGCCAGGAUCGUGAACAUGUCUCUGACCACUGUCUUGCCAUCAAUGCUGAAUCCAAUCAUUUACUCUCUGAAGACAGAGGAAUUCACAGAAUCCAUUAAAAAGCUGUACAGAAGAAAAAAAAUUCACAUCGCUGUAAGGAAUAAAUAAAUGUUUUAAUCACAAAUUUUAACCCUCCGCUCAGCUGAACUGUAAGAGCUAUUAACAAAUUAAAUCCAAUAAAUUGGAACACAGUGCUAGAUAUGAAAAUCAAUUAUUUAUUUUCAAAAAUCUGAUUUAAAAUUUAAGUUAUAUAUGUAGUCUGUAUGUUUUGAGAUUUGUUAAUUAAAUCUGAAAAUAUAAACUAAAAGGUUUAUUUUGCAUGUCUGUUAAAUCUGACUCAUAUCUAGCAUAAAUCAAUUGCCCAAUCAAUGCCGAACCUCACUAAUGUUCUUCUGUUCAUCAUAGAUUUCAGGUGUGUACAUACUUUUGGCCAUAUAGCGUGUUUGGGUGUUCAGGCCUGGUGUUUCCUCUGUUUCUGUUGCCUUACUGAUCUGCAAACAUCCUUGUGAGGUCCCUGUAAAAAGCACUUUAUAAAUAAAACUGAACUGAAAUUGCGACCUUGUAAAAUUUGGGAACAGUCGA